UACCAUGGCCACGAACAAUAAUUACUCUUCUGUAAGCAUAGAGAGGGAGACAAGCUGGGUGCUUGACAUGGAGAAGAAACUAGCACGCAACAAUCCAGCUGAGCUCUCCGACGAAGAGACUCAAUGGAAGAAACCAUCUAUAUUCAGAUUGCCAGAUUUCGUGAGGAUGAUGAUGCCAGAUGUGUUCACGCCAAAAGUUGUCGCAAUCGGUCCCUACCAUCAUGGCAAAAAUCAUCUUCAACCAAUAGAGUUUCACAAGGAAAGGGCUCUCCACCACUUCCUGAAGAGGAGUCUCAAGUCUCUGGAAGUUUAUGUGAGAGAAAUUAAGACUGUAGUAAAGGAGCUGCAGGGCUCGUACGUUGGGCUUGAGGAGGAAUGGAGGGAUCAAGAUAAUUUCAUAAAGCUUAUGAUAGUUGAUGGCUGCUUCAUGCUGGAAGUAAUGAGGCUCGAUUCGGAGCAUUGUAAACAUUAUGCCCCUAGCGAUCCUUUCUUUGGUCUGCAUGCGUUGCAGCACAAGAUUCCUUACAUGAGGAGGGACAUGUUGAUUCUGGAGAACCAACUGCCUAUAUUGGCAUUCAAGAAGCUGGUCUCUGUUGAAAAAAACGUAGAUGAAAAUGAAGCGGAACGUGAAAUCACGGAACUAGUCGUUAAAUUCUUUGUGCCGAGCAUCUACGAAGACAAAACGGGCCUCAAAGAAUUCACACAAGCAAUCCACGGCUUCCAUGCCUUGGACAUCUACCGCCGAAGCAGACUCUUCAUGUUCUCGAAAUCCAACCAACCACUGAGAAGUCCACGUCCUCCCAUCACCGACUUCGCCCUGAUGCGCUCUGCCACGCGGCUCCAUGAGGCCGGCAUCACCUUCCAACAGAGCCCUUCCACCGCCCUCACAGCCAUUGAUUUUAAGCCACGCUGUGGCAUCCUCACGCUGCCCUGCAUAACCGUGGAUGACACCACCCAGUACGAGUUUCUCAACAUGGUUGCCCUGGAACACCUACAUGCAGGGUGCGGCAGCGAAAUAUCUUCCUAUCUUGCCUUCAUGGACGCGCUGGUGGACUCAGCUGAGGAUGUGCAACUGUUGCACAAAAAUGGACUUGUCAACAAUGGGCUGGGGAGUGACGAUGACUUUGCAAGGCUUUUUAACAGUAUGAGCAGGGAGGUGAUAGUGGACCAAGGAGGAAGUUUGGGGUCAGUGCAGGUGUCGGUGGAGAAGUAUUGUCGGAAAAGGUGGAAUAAUUGGAAGGCGAACCUGGUGCAUACAUAUUUUAGGAAUCCUUGGUCAUGCAUAUCUGUUAUAGCUGCUGCAUUUGUCAUCUUGCUCACUAUUCUCUCUACCGUCAUCUCUAUCUUCCAGUGGAAAAAUGUGUGAUGCACAGAGUUUACUUGAUCAGUUCCUGAGCGCCAAUUAACAUGAUUUAAACGGAAUUAUAUGUUCAUU